CGUCAAAGCCCCAGGCCAAUUCAUUCUCUUUCUUCCUUUUUUUGUUUCCGCAGGACAUCUAUGACCUGCUCCAACUCUUCCAUGGAGCUCCUUCCGGGUCUUCCGGACCAUCUCGCUCUCGAAUGUCUUAUCCGUUUACCUUUCCAUCACUUCUCCGUCGCCGCCUCCGUUUCCAAGGCUUGGAACGCCGAAAUUCAGAUGCCCGAGUUCAGACGCCGCCGGGAUGAGGCCGGGUUCUCCCGCUCCGUUCUUGUGCUGGCGCAGGCUCGGGUCGAUCCCAACAGAGAAAGAAACUCCAAGGUCAUGGCUACUCCCGCUUACCGCCUCACCCUCUGCGACCCAGAAUCCGGAUCCUGGUCGGAGCUGCCGCCGUUGCCGGCAUUUUCAGACGGGUUGCCCAUGUUCUGCGGCCUCGUCGGAGUUGGGUCGGAGCUGGUAGUGAUGGGCGGGUGCGAACCGGGGAAUUGGCGGAUUUCCAAUUCAGUCUUCGUUUACAGCUUCGUGUCAGGGAAGUGGCGGCGCGGGGCUCCGAUGCCGGGCGGCCCGAGAAUAUUCUUCGGGUGCGUGUCGGAUUCCGGCGGGGCGGUGUACGUUGCAGGGGGUCACGACGACGAAAAGAACGCGCUGAAAUCGGCGAUGACGUAUGACGUAGCGAGGGACGAGUGGGCCCCGCUGCCGGACAUGGCGGAGGAGCGCGACGAGUGCAAGGCGGUUUUCCAUCGUGGCAAGCUCCACGUAAUCAGCGGGUACCCGACGGAAAUGCAGGGCCGGUUCCGGGCCGACUCCGAAGCCUUGGAUAUCUCAGCCGGCCGGUGGGAUCACGAAGAGGAAUCCUUGUGUUCUGCCACGUGCCCGAGAACCUGCGUGGACGACGGCGAUGGACGGCUGUACAUGUGCCAGGACGGAAACGUAAUGGCACGCGAGGAGGGCACCUGGGAGCGGGUAGCGGCACUACCGGCGGCGGUGCGGAACGUGGCGCACGUGACCGCGUGGCAGUCGAAGUUGGUGGUGAUUGGUUGCGAGCGGUAUGGCGAGGCCCACAGGGCUCAGUUGAUGGAUUUGAAGAGUGGAAGCUGGAAUGAAGUGGCCGGCGGCGAGGAAUACGGCGGGCACGUCCAGGGCGGCUGUUAUCUGGAGAUAUAAAUUAAAGCAACCACGGCUUCACCUGUACACAAUGAUUUAAAAUCCCAACAGAUCAUCUGAUUUAAUUUUUUUUUUUUAUUGGGUGUUCGAAAUUCGCGGAAUUGAUAUGUGCGGGUGACUUUCUCUUUUCAUGUAUUUUUAAAUAAAUUUAAAUAUAAAUAUAAUUUAUAUA